AUGGCCAUCGACGGUCUGAUCAUUCUCGACUCGGCAGGACGUCCAAUCAUCCAGUCCGGAUUCCAUUCUGUACCACCCGCCUAUCCAAUCCUGCACAUAGACGCGUUGAACAACGCAUUGUCGGCGGCCUCUCGCCCAGACGAUGUCGACCCGGUCCUGUCUGUUCCUAGCUUGACCAUCGAUGCGCCGAGCGCAUGUUGUCACGCUAAGGUAGCAGACAUGCGGCUACUGUGCCCUAUAAGCGGAGAUGUCGACCCGCUGUACGCAUUUGCGUUCAUGCAAACAUUUGUCGACAUCCUGCGCGACUAUUUCGGUCAAUUAUCUGCAGAGACACUCAAAGAGAACUUCGACGUAGUCUACCAACUGCUCGAAGAAACUCUUGACUCAGGAGGUCACCCUCUAACUACAUCCCCAAAUGCGCUCCGCGAUAUCGUCCUUCCACCAUCUCUCCUCAACAAGGUGCUCUCUGUGGCAGGUGUCUCUGGCCUUGCUACCCCACUGUCGAAUUCCCAGCCCUUUGCAUCGCCCAUACCGUGGAGAAAGGCAGGAGUGAGAUAUAACAACAACGAGAUAUACUUCGAUGUCGCAGAGACUUUAGAAGCAAUCAUCAACAAGAAUGGGACACCUGCAGCUAGUAAUGUUUGGGGACGGAUAGAGUCAAAUUGCAAACUUUCAGGCACGCCGGACCUUCUGCUGACAUUCUCAAACUUCCAAUCUCUCACUGACUGCUCCUUCCACCCUUGCAUCCGGCUGCAGCGCUGGGCGCGAGACAAGACGCUGUCCUUUGUCCCCCCAGAUGGACACUUCAAGCUCAUGGAGUAUCGGUAUGCACCAGCCUCUGCGUCUACAAUGCACCAAGUAGCCGUGCCGUUCUCCCUUCGGAGCAGCAUCCAGUUACAAGAACAUGGCGGCUCUUUUGACGUAACCUUGUCUUCGCGCCUGACAACACGCGCGAUGGACAGCGUAACCAUUGAGUUGUUCCUCGGCGAAGGCGCUUCGGGAGCCAGCUGCAUUUCGUCGCACAACGCGUCGUGGAGCUUUGACCUGAGAACACUGACUUUGAAGUGGGAACUCAAGAACGUGCAGCCUUCGGGGAAUUACACUCUGCGGGGCACGUUCACGUCCACCACCCAGAUUCCUCGUCCGUCAAGGGCGUUCCGCGUGCGCUUUGACAUUAUGCAGCAUACAUUCUCCGCUUUGAAGAUCGACCAGUUGAAAUUGGCGGGCGAGAUGUACAAGCCUUACAAGGGCAUGAGGGGCCGAUCUGCCGGCGACAUUGAGUGGCGAUGGUAG